AUGAGUGCUGCUGGCUACAGGCUGUGUGUUUCCUCAUCUCAGUAGCAGUUCCUCAGUUAGACCUGAUCAAACAGACUACAGAGAGGAGCACAACAGAACCAGUUUGUCUCUAAUACCUGAUCUAACAAACUACAGAGAUGUGCAUAACAGAACAGCACAGAACAGAUCAGCUCCUCUGAAAAGCACCAUCACUGGAGAGAGAGAGUUAGCUCUGGAGGAAGAUCUGUUGAUACAGAACCCUGGACUGAUACCUUCACCUAGCUCUGGAGGAAGAUCUGUUGAUACAGAACUCUGGUGACUGAUACCUUCACCUAGCUCUGGAGGAAGAUCUGUUGAUACAGAACCCUGGACUGAUACCUUCACCUAGCUCUGGAGGAAGAUAUGUUGAUACAGAACCCUGGUGACUGAUACCUUCACCUAGCUCUGGAGGAAGAUCUGUUGAUACAAAACCCUGGACUGAUACCUUCACCAAGCUCUGGAGGAAGAUCUGUUGAUACAGAACCCUGGUGACUGAUAUCUUCACCAAGCUCUGGAGGAAGAUCUGUUGAUACAGAACCAUGGACUGAUACCUUCACCAAGCUCUGGAGGAAGAUCUGUUGAUACAGAACCCUGGUGACUGAUAUCUUCACCAAGCUCUGGAGGAAGAUCUGUUGAUACAGAACCAUGGACUGAUACCUUCACCAAGCUCUGGAGGAAGAUCUGUUGAUACAGAACCCUGGUGACUGAUACCUUCACCUAGCUCUGGAGGAAGAUCUGUUGAUACAGAACCCUGGACUGAUACCUUCACCUAGCUCUGGAGGAAGAUCUGUUGAUACAGAACCCUGGACUGAUACCUUCACCUAGCUCUGGAGGAAGAUCUGUUGAUACAGAACCCUGGACUGAUACCUUCACCUAGCUCUGGAGGAAGAUCUGUUGAUACAGAACCCUGGACUGAUACCUUCACCUAGCUCUGGAGGAAGAUCUGUUGAUACAGAACCCUGGACUGAUACCUUCACCUAGCUCUGGAGGAAGAUCUGUUGAUACAGAACCCUGGACUGAUACCUUCACCUAGCUCUGGAGGAAGAUCUGUUGAUACAGAACCCUGGUGACUGAUACCUUCACCUAGCUCUGGAGGAAGAUCUGUUGAUAUAGAACCCUGACUCUGUUCUGCUGAGCGUCUAUAGGACCUGGAAUGUGAACCGAGGCAGAAGACAGAGACAGUAACAGCAACAAGAACAGAGGGAUAACUAUAAUAGAACUGCAGCCCAGAGAACCUCAGUGGAUAGGUAAUUAAACAACAGACCUUGUGUCAGAACAUUGGCAGUGCUGUUACCAUGGAGACUGGCAAGCGAGGCUUGGUGAAUGUGAUAGCGCCUGGCAGCAGCUCCGUGUCAGAGCAGAGAGAGAACAGCAUCAACAACAGCAUGCCACUCCGGGCUCCUCUAACCACCUUGUUCCUCCACACAGUGCCAGGCCUUUCUUCACACCCCCAAGCACAGCCAGCUGCCUCCUUGGACUCCACGACCCUUCGUCUGUCCAUCCCUCAGCAGUGCUCCACAGACUCCCUACCCUUCCUGACUCUCCACCUACCAGCCAGGCUGCAACUGCACCAGCAGGCCCCACAAUCAGGCCUGGGGGCGCAUGUGUCCCUGAGGGCCUCUGUGUCUGCAGCCAGACCCUCUAGGUCCGCUGGGAAGCACCUGUGUCCUCACUGCGGCCGGGACUGCAUGAAGCCCAGUGUCCUGGAGAAACACCUGCGCUGCCACACCGGGGAGCGGCCCUACCCCUGCACCACCUGCGGCAUCUCCUUCAAGACCCAGAGCAACCUCUACAAGCACCGUCGCACACAGGCCCACGCACGCCUCAGCUCCGGGUCAGGUCAGAGGUCGCUCGGAUCUCUGGGCAGUUUACAAGGUCACUCCUCCCUGAGCAGCAUGGACACUCUGCAGGGACACCAAGCCAGUCUGCAAGGUCACUCAUCCCUGGGAUCGAUGGACAGUCUGGGCAGUCUACAGGGCCAUUCCUCAGUGAGCAGCUUGGACAGUCUACAGGGCUAUUCCUCCCUGGGCAGUCAGGACAGUCUGCAGGGACACCGUCUGCAAGGUCACCAGGACAGUCUAUUAAGUUUACAGGGUUCCAGGGAUACCCUCACCUCCAGCCCCUCUCUAGAUACCCUCAGCCAGGACCCAGGUAGUCUGGAGAAUGGCAGCUCUCUGUCUGCUACCACCACCCUCUCCCCCAGCCCUGGCCAGAGGAGUGGGACAGAAACAGGUAGAGACACAGGCUGGGCCCUGCAGCAGGCUGGGUUAGAGGGUCUCCUCCUGGCUGCUGGGGGGAGCCAGAGUAUAGAGUUAUCCAAGAGGAGGAGAGAAGCGGAGGAUACGAGGGAUGAACUGAGAGAGAGCAGGAAGGAUAAAGAUAGAGAGAAGUCAGUGUUGACCCUGUCCCGCCACCUCCCGCUGCGGAGACAGCAGGCUGCCAUCUUGUCUCAGUGGGAGGGUUCUCUGGCUAGGGGGAUGGCCCAGAACCAAGACAACUUCCUGUCUAGAGGGAAGUCCCAGAGCCACGACAGCACAGACUCCGGCUACAGCGAGACCUCCAGCCCUGGGUCUGGACCAUACAACCCUGGGUCUGGCCUACACAACCACAACCCUGGGUCUGGACUACACAAUCCUGGGUCUGGACUACACAACCACAACCCUGGGUCUGGACCCCACAACUCUGGGUCUGGACCACACAACCCUGGGUCUGGACCACACAAAAACAACCCUGGGUCUGGACCACACAGCCCUGGGUCUGGACCACACAACCCUGGGUCUGGACCACAGAACCCUGGGUCUGGACCACACAAACCUGGGUCUGGACCACACAACCCUGGGUCUGGACCACACAACCAAAGCAUGGAGUCAGUGGCAGAGUCUAGUAUGGACCAGCAGGACACCUUCCACACACAGCCUGAUCAAACUAACACCACACACACACAUACACUCACACAGCCUUCACACACACCCACACAGCUAAACGCCGCACACACACCCACACAGCUAAACGCCACACACACACCCACACAGCUAAACGCCACACACACACCCACACAGCUAAACGCCGCACACACACCCACACAGCUAAACACCACACACACACCCACACAGCUAAACGCCACACACACACCCACACAGCUAAACGCCGCACACACACCCACACAGCUAAACGCCGCACACACACCCACACAGCUAAACGCCGCACACACACCCACACAGCUACACGCCACACCCACACAGCUAAACGCCACACCCACACAGCCUUCACACACACCCACACAGCUAAACGCCACACACACACCCACACAGCCAGAACUCACCGUGUCUCAGCCCAGGAGCACAGUUUCAGUCCAGGCCCAGCAGAGUCUUGAAGAGAGAAUCUCCAAGCUGAUCUCAGAGAACGAUGCAGUGGUGGAGGACAAACAUCUGAACACAGUCCGACCCAGGAAGACCCUCUUGUCCAAACAGGGCAGCAUCGACCUGCCAAUGCCCUACACCUACAAAGAUUCCUUCCACUUCGAUAUGAAGACCAGCAACAGGCCUCCUACAGCCAGCGCUGGGAUGGCCUGGCAGAGAGGGGAAUGGGGAGGAGGGUGGCCAGGUCUGUAUAGUUCGGUACCUACCCAGACCUCCACCAGCCUGGAGCAGGGGCAUCAUGCCCCCCUGACCCGCAGUAGCUCCCUGCCCCACUGUGUGGGCCUUCAGGGUACAGUCAGAGCCAGCUCGGCCUCUCCUCACAACCCCCAUCCUCACCAAAGAGACUGGCUAUACCUGGGCCGUAAGGGCAGCUCUGGACUACUUUACCCAGUAGGCUUUGCCACCAAGUCUGUUGACCGUCGCGCAUCAGGCCACCGCAUGCUGGUCAGACAGGCGGCCGUGGACAACCUCCCGACGGAGGGACCAUUGACGUUAGCAGCCGGCGACAAUGUCAUUCCCUGCGGUCUUGGCUCAGAUGGAGACGGAGGCGUGGAUGGAGAGCUGAGUAGAAAGAGUGGUAGGAAGAAGUCCCAGAAGUUUGCCUACAGUAAGUGGUACAAGUAUGGAGGAGGAGGAGGAGGGACGUUCACAAAGCUCUACAGCCCAGAGAAGGCAGCUGAUCCUGGUGUGUUGAAGGCUAAAAGGUCAUUAGCUGGUCUGGAGCCAGAGAGGGUCCUGGGGGUUCAGAGAGGCCCAGCAGUAAGCAGAGACCUGGUGACAUCACUGGUCUCAAGUAGUGCCACUGUGUGUCUUCCAUCCUGUCUCCAAGACAACCUUUCACCUGUCAAUCAUGUCCACUCAUAUCGAAUGCCCAGUCAUCUCCAUAACACACCCACUUCCUGUCUCACACCCAGUCAUCUCCAUACCACACACACUUCCUGUCUCACACAGAGUCAUCUCCAUACCACACCCACUUCCUGUCUCAAACCCAGUCAUCACCAUACCACACCCACUUCCUGUCUCUCACCUGGUCAUCUUCAUACCACACCCACUUCCUCUCUCAAACAUCCCCUCCAGAGAACCCAGUCAGUCUCAAAAGAAGCGUUUUCUAACAGGAAUGACUGUGUGUCUAUGACAGUGACCCACCAGGAGAAACACACCAACUGUGUGUCUCAACGAUGUGGAAGCCAUGUUCCCUCAGAGAGGAAGAAGCAGAAGAUUGAGAAUAACGUCUGUCUUCUGGAGGGAGGAGGCCUACACAGCAGCAGUAAACUGAACCAACUCUCAUCCUCAGUCAGAGGUGGGAUAGCCAAGCCCUCCUCCUCCUCUGAUUCAGCCAAGAUCAGUUUCCUCCCUAAAUACCAGUUGAGGCUUCCUACAGACUCAGGGCCUACGGGCCUCACCCAAACACAACCUAGAGGCCCUGUCAACGUUUCAUCAGUCACAGGCGUAGGACAGGGUCAGGGCAGGUUUGCUACACCUGUGACAGCUUUAGAUCAAAGCCAGUCUGCUACACCUGUGACAGCUCUCGAUCAAAGCCAGUCUGCUACACCUGUGACAGCUCUAGAUCAAAGCCAGUCUGCUACACCUGUGACAGCUCUCGAUCAAAGCCAGUCUGCUACACCUGUGAUAGCUCUAGAUCAAAGCCAGUCUGCUACACCUGUGACAGCUCUAGAUCAAAGCCACUCUGCUUCAGCUGUGACAGCUCUAGAUCAAAGCCAGUCUGCUACACCUGUGACAGCUCUAGAUCAAAGCCACUCUGCUUCAGCUGUGACAGCUCUAGAUCAAAGCCAGUCUGCUACACCUGUGACAGCUCUAGAUCAAAGCCAGUCUGCUACACCUGUGACAGCUCUAGAUCAAAGCCAGUCUGCUACACCUGUGACAGCUCUAAUUCAAAGCCGGUCUGCUUCAGCUGUGAGAACUCUAGAUCAAAGCCAGUCUGCUACACCUGUGACAGCUCUAGAUCAAAGCCAGUCUGCUACACCUGUGACAGCUCUAGUUCAAAGCCAGUCUGCUACACCUGUGACAGAUCUAGAUCAAAGCCAGUCUGCUACACCUGUGAGAACUCUAGAUCAAAGCCAGUCUGCUACACCUGUGAGAACUCUAGAUCAAAGCCAGUCUGCUACACCUGUGACAGCUCUAGAUCAAAGCCAGUCUGCUACACCUGUGACAGCUCUAGAUCAAAGCCAGUUUGCUACCAUCACAGCCACAGCGGUGAAGCAAUCUGCCACACCACCCACAGCCUUAGUACAGAGCAUGCCCUGGAAAACAUCAGUACAUGGUCAGUGCCCUACAGCCAACACCACUUCCACAACAACCCUUCACCCUGCUCUCACAGUAGCAGACCAUGUCAACCCUCUAACUUAUGUUACAACAGAGGUCAACCCUCCGUGUCAUACGAUAACAGCUUUAGCAUGCCAUACCAUACCGUUCACUAAAACACAGUCAUCACCAUACCAUACAUCAGCAGCAUACCCUGCUAUACCAUUCACUGUUAGUCACAGCAGCCAGUCAGAGGGUCAGAAAGUGUUCCACGUGAGGACAGCGGACCUCCACAUCUGUCUCCAGCUCAUCUCAGACGAACAGCUGGCGCUCAUACAGCCUCAGAUAGAACGACAGGAUAUGACAUCAGAGCCUCAGAUAGAGGAACAGGAUAUGACAUCAGAGACAGAGCCUUCUCAUGGUGGCGUCCAUGGAGCGAUGGGAGUAGCGGUGGAUCCAGUAGGAACCACAAUGAAAAAGGAAGUGCUCCAAACCAGCUCAUGUAUUCUACCUGACGCUGAAACACAGGGGGGGACAGUGAAGGAUGUAACACACAGGAGGACAGCAAAGCAUGUGACACAGGAAGUCACUGGAACUUUGGAUCCAGUAGAACCUUCUUCAUCACAACAUGAGAACAACAGAGGUUUCUCUGGCGAUAAGGAGUGGCAGCAUUCAGCAGCAGUAUGUUGUCAUGACCUGGACCAUCCCUCAACAGAUACCCUCUGUAGUCCUGGAACUCCUCUCACUCAGAAGGACAGAUCAGACAUGACGGAAGCUGCUCCUCUAACCAACACAGAGCAGCAACUGUCUCGUAAUGGCUAUGUUUCACUUGAACCACCUGACCCAGGACUAUCUUUCCAGAACCACCCAGACACCAACACCGUCCUAGAGACUACUGGACUAUCUUUCCAGAACCACCCAGACACCAACACCGUCCUAGAGACUACUGGACUAUCUUUCCAGAACCACCCAGACACCAACACCGUCCUAGAGACUACAGGACUAUCUUUCCAGAACCACCCAGACACCAACACCGUCCUAGAGACUACUGGACUAUAUUUCCAGAACCACCCAGACACCAACACCGUCCUAGAGACUACAGGACUAUCUUUCCAGAACCACCCAGACACCAACACCGUCCUAGAGACUACAGGACUAUCUUUCCAGAACCACCCAGACACCAACACCGUCCUAGAGACUACUGGACUAUCUUUCCAGAACCACCCAGACACCAACACCGUCCUAGAGACUACUGGACUAUCUUUCCAGAACCACCCAGACACCAACACCGUCCUAGAGACUACAGGACUAUCUUUCCAGAACCACCCAGACACCAACACCGUCCUAGAGACUACAGGACUAUCUUUCCAGAACCACCCAGACACCAACACCGUCCUAGAGACUACAGGACUAUCUUUCCAGAACCACCCAGACUCUGUCAACAUGCCUCCAGCUCUGCCUCACAACUGGGGUGCCCAGUCUAGAACUCUCCAGAACCAUCCAGACACCAACACGGUCACAAUGCUUCUUCAGAACCACAUAGACACUAGCAACGUGACUCCAGCUCUGCCUCACAACUGGGGUGCCCAGUCUAGAACUCUCCAGAACCACCCAGACACCAACACGGUCACAAUGCUUCUUCAGAACCACAUAGACACUAGCAAUGUGACUCCAGUCAGUCUAUCUCUGCCUCUAUUUCUCCUGCCGAGGACACCCGGUGGUGUAGCUUCUGCCUCUCUGGGAGGUGUGGAAUCAGCCAGGAGUCAGACACACAGAGGAGAAGAACAAGGCCUUCCUCUGCACCUCCUCCUUUCUUCAGACAGGACAGUCAGUGACGUAGUCAGCACCUCUCAUCAGGUCUGGUCUGAACAGGGCCUUGAUAUCACUGAGAACAGUGUUGUCAUCCUCCCUAGCAACGCUGUUUCGUCUCUCUACAAUCAUGUCUGGGACAGUCCUGGGGAACCCAACUCAGCUGGACCACUGGUCUGUACUGGGCUGCCAGCUGGAGAACCCAACUCAGCUGGACCACUGGUCUGUACUGGGCUGCCAGCUGGAGAACCCAACUCACCUGCAGUCAACCACAGCCUCACAGCAGGAACCAAGAAGAGCUGUGACAGAGGAAGAGAUGAGGUGGAGAAGAGAGGAGGAGAUGAGGAGGAGGAAGACUCCAGAAGAACGAGUCUGAAAGAUGAAGAGGUGUUAGAGGAGAGGGAAGAGGUGUUGGAAGAGAGUAAGGAGAAGGAGGAGAGUGAGGAGUGGGAGGAGAGGGUGGAGUGGGAUGAGAGGGAGGAGAGGGAAGAGGUGUUGGAAGAGAGUGAGGAGAAGGAGGAGAGUGAGGAGUGGGAGGACAGGGUGGAGAGGGAUGAGAGGGAGGAGAGGGAAGAGGUGUUGGAAGAGAGGGAGGAGAGAGAUGAGAGAGAAGAGAGGGAUAAGAGGGAGAAGAGGAAAGAGGUGUCAGAAGAGGGGUUGGAAGAGAGGGAGGAGAGAGAUGAGAGAGAAGAGAGGGAGGAGAGGGAAAAGAGGGAGGACAGGGAGGUGGACAGGGAGGUGUUCAAGGAGAGGGAGGAGAGAGAAGAGAGGGAAGAGGUGUUGGAAGAGAGAGAAGAGAGGGAGGAGAGCGAAGAGGUUUUGGAAGAGACGGAGGAGAGUGAGGAGACAACGGAAACACCUGGCAAUACCUCUGAUGGGUUUAGAGGAGAGGAUGAAGCAGAUUCCCGUCACAGCAUCUGGACAUCGCUGCCACUUUACAGUUAUCUAUAUCAGACGCCAACCAACGUGUCUCACAACCUUUCAAAGGACCCUCAGCAGCAGAUCAACUUACCUUCAGAAAAAGACCCGUCGUAUAACCAACAGACCAGCUCUUCAAAUGACCCUGACCCCACCACCCUGACCCCACCACGGACCAGCUCUUCAAAUGACCCUGAACCCACCACCCUGACCCCACCACGGACCAGCUCUUCAAAUGACCCUGACACCACCACCCUGACCCCACCACGGACCAGCUCUUCAAAUGACCCUGACCCCACCACCCUGACCCCACCACGGACCAGCUCUUCAAAUGACCCUGAACCCACCACCCUGACCCCACCACGGACCAGCUCUUCAAAUGAGCCUGACCCCACCACCCUGACCCCACCACGGACCAGCUCUUCAAAUGACCCUGAACCCACCACCCUGACCCCACCACGGACCAGCUCUUCAAAUGACCCUGACCCCACCACCCUGACCCCACCACGGACCAGCUCUUCAAAUGACCCUGACCCCACCACCCUGACCCCACCACGGACCAGCUCUUCAAAUGACCCUGACCCCACCACCCUGACCCCACCACGGACCAGCUCUUCAAAUGACCCUGACCCCACCACCCUGACCCCACCACGGACCAGCUCUUCAAAUGACCCUGACCCCACCACCCUGACCCCACCACGGACCAGCUCUUCAAAUGACCUUGACCCCAACACCCUGACCCCACCACGGACCAGCACUUCAAAUGAGCCUGAACCCACUGUAUGCCAUAGCACCCCAGUCUUUAGUGAUACCAGCAGGGCAGGACAGACACACCCCUUCCCUACAUCACAGUGUGUGAGCAGGUUUAGGGCCCCUACAACAGAGUGUGUGAGCAGGUUUAGGGCCCCUACAGUAGACUGUGUGAGCAGGGUUGGGGGAGUGCAGAGUAGUAGCCUGGAGGACCAAGAGGACAGUAGCAGUAGUGAUGAUGAAGGGAAACUGAUUAUUGAGCUUUAGACAGGAGUUAGAUUUUCUACAUAGGAAUACAGACAGACUGGAAGAGGGGAGAAGGGAAGGAGGAGAGAAGGGGUGGAGGGAGGAGAGGGAGGACAGGAGAGGAGGGAGGGAGGGAGGAGAGAAGGGGAGGGUAGAGGGUGAAGGGAGGGGAGGGUAGAGGGUGAAGGGAGGAGAGGAAUGGAGGAGGCUGGAAGAGGGGUGGAGGAGAGAAGG